UUUAAUUCAAUUUAUUCAAUCAUCUCUCAGCAGAAUUCUUAUAUGUGCCUUCCAGGAAUCUCAUCUCUACUAGCCUGGUGUACUUCAAGGUAGAUAAUAUAGCAGCUUGAGGAGCCAUCAUGGGGGACGGUGAAAUGCAGUGUUUUGGUGCUGCGGCAGUGUACCUCCGGAAGCCGGAGAGGGAGCGGCUCGAGGCCCAGACCAGCCCCUUUGACGCUAAGACCGCCUUCUUUGUGUCUGAGCCCAAGGAGAUGUACCUCAAGGGUGUGCUCCAGAGCCGAGAUGGUGGCAAAGCCACAGUCAAGACUCUUUGUGAUAAGACCCUCACUGUAAAAGAGGAGGAAAUCUACCCCAUGAAUCCCCCAAAGUAUGACAAGAUUGAGGACAUGGCCAUGAUGACCCACCUCAAUGAGCCUACCGUGCUGUACAACCUCAAAGAGCGCUACGCAGCAUGGAUGAUCUACACCUACUCUGGGCUCUUCUGCGUCACUGUGAACCCCUACAAGUGGCUCCCAGUGUACGAUUCCUCCGUGGUGAACGCCUACAGAGGCAAGAAGAGAAUUGAGGCUCCACCCCACAUCUUCUCUAUCUCUGACAACGCCUAUCAGGCCAUGCUCACAGACAGAGAAAAUCAGUCAAUCCUGAUCACUGGAGAAUCUGGUGCAGGGAAGACUGUGAACACCAAGCGGGUCAUCCAGUACUUUGCAACAAUCGCUGUAUCUGGACCCAAGAAAACCGAGCAGGUUGCUGGAAAGAUGCAGGGGUCGCUGGAAGAUCAAAUCAUCGCAGCGAACCCUUUGCUUGAGGCCUAUGGUAACGCCAAGACUGUGAGAAAUGACAACUCUUCCCGCUUUGGAAAGUUCAUCAGAAUUCACUUUGCGACUUCUGGGAAGUUGGCAUCAGCUGAUAUUGAAACAUAUCUUCUUGAGAAGUCAAGGGUGACAUUCCAGCUGUCUGCUGAGAGAAGCUACCAUAUCUUCUAUCAGCUCAUGACUGGCCACAAGCCCGAGCUAAUAGACGCUCUUCUCAUUACCAAAAACCCAUUUGAUUAUCACAUGAUCAGUCAAGGUGAAAUCACUGUCAAGAGUAUCGAUGAUGUUGAAGAAUUCAUCGCCACUGAUGUUGCCAUUGACAUUCUGGGCUUCACUGCUGAUGAGAAGAUUGGCAUCUACAAGCUGACCGGUGCCGUGUUGCAUCAUGGGAACAUGAAGUUCAAGCAGAAGCAGCGUGAAGAGCAGGCUGAGCCUGAUGGCAAUGAGGACGCAGACAAAAUUGGCUAUCUCAUGGGUCUGAACUCUGCGGAUGUCCUCAAGGCUCUGUGUUACCCCAGAGUGAAGGUUGGGAAUGAGUACGUCACCAAAGGUCAAACGUGUCCGCAGGUCCAUAACUCAGUGAUGGCUCUCUGCAAGUCAGUCUAUGAGAAAAUGUUCUUGUGGAUGGUCGUCAGAAUCAAUGAGAUGCUGGACACCAAGCAGCCCAGGCAAUUCUUCAUCGGUGUGUUGGACAUCGCUGGGUUUGAAAUUUUUAAUUACAACAGCUUGGAGCAGCUGUGCAUCAACUUCACCAAUGAGAAACUGCAACAGUUUUUCAACCACCACAUGUUUGUACUGGAGCAAGAAGAGUACAAGAAAGAAGGAAUUGAAUGGGAGUUCAUUGACUUUGGUAUGGACCUGGCGGCCUGCAUUGAGCUUAUUGAGAAGCCAAUGGGCAUCUUCUCCAUCCUUGAAGAGGAGUGCAUGUUCCCCAAGGCCUCAGACACCACCUUCAAGAACAAACUGCAUGACCAGCACCUUGGCAAAACCAAGGCCUUUGAGAAGCCAAAGCCAGCCAAAGGCAAAGCUGAGGCCCACUUUUCCCUGGUGCACUAUGCCGGCACUGUGGACUACAACAUCACCGGCUGGCUGGACAAGAACAAGGACCCCCUGAACGACUCCGUAAUUCAGCUCUACCAGAAGUCCUCAGUUAAACUGCUGGCUCUGCUGUAUGCGUCCCAUGCCCUACCAGACGCUGAUGCUGCUAGUAAGAAGGGCGCCAAGAAGAAGGGGGGUUCCUUCCAGACGGUGUCGGCCCUGUUCAGGGAAAAUUUGGGCAAGCUCAUGACCAACUUGAGAAGCACACAUCCACACUUUGUGCGUUGUUUGAUUCCAAACGAAUCAAAAACUCCAGGUCUGAUGGAGAACUUCCUGGUCAUCCACCAGCUGAGGUGUAACGGUGUGCUGGAAGGAAUCAGAAUCUGCAGAAAGGGCUUCCCCAGCAGAGUCCUCUAUGGUGACUUCAAGCAGAGAUACAAAGUAUUGAAUGCCAGUGUCAUCCCUGAGGGACAAUUCAUUGACAACAAGAAGGCCUCAGAGAAACUUUUGGGCUCCAUUGAUGUUGACAGCACUCAGUACAAGUUUGGACACACCAAGGUGUUCUUCAAAGCUGGUCUCCUGGGUGCUCUAGAGGAGAUGAGAGAUGAGAAACUCGCUGCGCUGGUCACCUUGACUCAGGCUCUCUGCAGGGGAUUCAACAUGAGGAAAGAAUUUGUCAAAAUGAUGGAGAGAAGAGAGGCCGUCUUUACUAUCCAGUACAACAUCCGCUCAUUCAUGAACGUCAAAACAUGGCCAUGGAUGAAGGUCUACUUCAAGAUCAAGCCACUGCUGAAGAGUGCUGAGACUGAAAAGGAGAUGGCUCAAAUGAAGGAGACCUUUGGGAAGACCAAGGAAGAUCUUGCCAAAGCUCUUUCAAAGAAAAAGGAGCUGGAGGAAAAAAUGGUUUCCCUGCUUCAGGAAAAGAAUGACCUCCUACUACAAGUUCAAUCUGAAGCUGAAACCUUGUCGGAUUCAGAAGAAAGAUGCGAGGGCCUCAUUAAGAGUAAGAUCCAGCUGGAGGCCAGACUCAAAGAGACAUCUGAGAGACUAGAGGAUGAGGAGGAGGUCAAUUCUGAGCUGACGGCCAAGAAGAGGAAGCUGGAAGAUGAGUGUUCUGAGCUCAAGAAGGACAUUGAUGACCUGGAGCUGACCUUGGCC